CUCUAAUCUUCUUUUAUUCAUAAACUCAUUUUACUUUUCCAAUCCAGUGCUCCUUCAUCUCUUUCCCUUCCUUCUCCUUCCCCAUUGUAUAUAUAUCCAUCUCCAACCUCACACAAGAACCCUAAACAACAAAGAAAAAAAGAAAACCCUAAAAAAUGGCAAACACACAACAAGAACAAAGCACAUGAAGCAAUGGAAGCAUCAUCCAUGUCAGCAGUAACAACAACAGAAGAAGAACAAGAAGCCUUGUUCAACACCUACCCAUGCUCUGCAUUACUAUACUACGUCCAAAGCCCUUCCACAACCUCCCAUGCAAACAGCAGUGACUGCCGUCAUGCCUCUGACUCCAUCUCCCUCUCCCCUUUCCCGGCCGAUGACGCUUUCAUCGUUGUCCCUCCUCCCGGCAUUCACCGCAACCCGGACUUCACUCUCUCUCGUUACUCCUCCUCUAGAGGCUCCAACAAUUAUUUUCUCCAUGACAAAAAGAUCACCUAUGAUCUCGGCCACAUUGAUGUUCAAAAACACAGUAAAGAUCGAAGCCGGAACCGUAACCGGUUUCGGGUUGUUCAUGAAUUGGAAGGAGUUGAAGAAGGUGGUGAGCAUAAGAGGAGGAGUGAGCUUUGGAGGUUUGUUGCUUUGGAUCCUUCAGCUUCUUGUUGUUGUGUGGCUUUUCAAAUUUGUUGGAGGUUCUUGGUUAGUCUUGGUUUGGCUUUGCUUGUUUUCUUCUUGGCUACUAGGCCACCUUCUCCCACUGUGACAUUUCAGAUAUCAAGGGUGAAACAUUUUAAUCUUGGAGAAGGACUAGACAUGACAGGGGUGGUCACAAAGAUAUUGACAUGCAAUUCCUCAGUAGAUGUGGAGAUUGACAACAAAUCAAAACUCUUUGGUUUGCAUGUUUAUCCUGUCACCAUUCACAUGGCCUUUGGGAGACUUAUUUUUGCUACCUCAUCACAGGAGGGUGAAGAAUUAUAUGUACAAAGUAAUAACUUGUUAAGAAAGAGGCUUUAUGUGGGAGUGAAGGACAUGCCAAUGUAUGGGGCUGGGAGGGACAUGGAAGACAUGCUUGAAUCUGGGAAAGGGUUACCCUUAAUCAUAAAAGUGAGUUCAAGAUCAACUUACCAUGUGGUUUGGAACCUUAUUAAGUCUAAGUAUCACCAUCAUGCUGAAUGCCUUGUGGUAUUGAAGGCUGUCUAUGAUGCUCAUAACCACACUCAGCUUUUCAAUAGCACUUGUUCUACAACCACUUCUCAUGCAUGACAUAGACAUUAUAUAUAAAUAGAGUUAUGUGUAUUUUGUAGUUUGUUUUUAGUGAUUGGAUUGUUAUUUAUUGCUUGUAAGUUGUGUUCAUCCAAUCUUUGUUGUCAAGUUGAUUGGUUUAUGUUACAUGUGAAUUUUACUCAAGAGUCAACAAAAUUUUAAUUGUAAUGAAUUUGUAUCUUUUGCGAUAAGUACUU